AUGUCGACCAAGACUGUGCCGGCAAACUUGCCUGCCGAUAUCACCGCACAGAAUGAAGAGCUUUUGCGAAUCGUUGAGAAGCAGCGCAUAGUCAUUCAGAACCUCCAAAAGUCGUUAGCCAUAAUGACAGAUGAACGCGACAAUUUGUUGGAACGCAAUCAGGACCUCGAACAAGAGCGACUUGUCAACGGCCAUGGAAAUAGUACUCGUACAAGCGAUGGUCCUGUACCACCACCACGUUCACCCUAUCGACAAAACACGAGUUCGCCAUCGAAUCAACAACCUCAACAAGACACUGGAUGUGCCACUGUGUGGGAGCCUACACUGCCUUCGACAUAUAGCUAUGAUCGAAAACCAGCAUUGGAGCAAGGUAGUAGUGGUGGUAGUAGCCCCCAAAAUAGCCAUCAUCAGGAACCUCCAUCACCCCCUCAGUUACAAACCAGUCGUAGCUUGACAACCCAUGAUCGUAUCGAUGACGACCGUAAUGGAUAUCUUGUUCAGCAACACAAAGAUGAACAACAACAACAGCGUAGAUAUGCCGAAGAACAAGCUCAGCGUCAACGUGAAGAACAAGCUCAGCGUCAACGCGAGGAACAAGCUCAACGUCAACGUGAUCAAGAAGCUUAUGCUGAAGAACAAGCUAGACUGCAGCGACAGGCUGAUGAACAAGCACGUCGUCAACGUGAACAAGAAGCGUAUGUGGAAGAGCAAACAAGGUUACAUAGGCAAGCAAUGGAGGAACAAAUGCGUCGUCAACGGCAACAGGAUGGAUACAAUGAUAGUCAACCAAGACGGCAACGACAUCAAGAUACCCAUGCAGAAGACCAAGCUCGUUGGCAUCGUUAUCAACAAGAUGAGCAACAACAACAACAACAUCAUGCAGUGACCUCGCCUGAUAUUCAUGUGGAUGAGCAAGCACGGCUUUAUCAUCAUCAACAGCAGCAAGAAGCUUAUUAUGCUUACACAACAGAUGAGCCCCAGUCACCAGCAUUACCCAGUACUCCUCGUACCCACGAGGGACAAUAUCACGGUCCUUUCACUCCAGGUCCCAUGGCAGGAAUUUCAGUCAAAAUCCUUGGCUCUAAUAUCUUCACCAACGACAAGGGCCAAGAAGUUAUUGCUUUCACUAUCUCAGUUCGUGGAAAGACGAGUGACGACCCCAACGCUACUCCUCAAGAACAAUGGCGCAUCCAGAAGCAUUACUCUGAUUUCUUGGCUCUCGAUGCUCAGCUCAAAUCACACGAUCGCUCGGUUGAACAGCACAUUGGCAAGCUUCCUGAUCGUGCCUUGUUUGCCACCCAUGCUCCCAACAAAGUUGACCAACGCAAGCUCGCCAUGGAACAAUACCUUCAACAUGCUAUCAGCAGCCUGCAACUGACCGAGGUUACUGCAACGGUUAUUUGUGAGUUCUUGAGCUCCAACGUGAUUGACAAGGCACUUUACAGCAAGGUUUCAAAAUACAGACAAGGUUAUCUCAACAAGCGUGGCAAGAAUUUCGGUGGUUGGAAAUCACGUUUCUUUAUCCUUGAUGGUCCUGAUCUUAAAUACUAUGAGAGUGAGGAUGGUCAAUAUUUGGGAUCCAUUCGUUUGACCGAGGCACAAAUCGGCAAGCAAAAAGCAACCGAGCAAACGGGCAGUUCCAAGGACCAACCCUCAUUCAAACACGGCUUUAUCAUUGUGGAACCCAAGAAAUCUGCUCCUGGUGGUUUAGCUCGUCACGUGCUUUGUGCUUCAUCCGAUGAGGACCGAGAUGCUUGGGUGGAAGCCAUGUCACAACAUGUGGAUCAAGAAGCCGUCAACAAGCGCAAAAAGGGCAAUGAAAAGGGAUCCUCGUCAUCCUCAUCCUCAUCCAAGAACGAUAUCAAACCGGUGCUGGGCACUGUUGAACAUCAACGAUCAGGCUUGGAUGAAGCUCAUUAUGCACAGCUGAUGAAUCUCACCAAUAUGAAUCGACAAGAUGACAGCGAUAAUGGCAAAAAGGAUAAGAACAAUGGACAACGUAAAGGCUUUUGGUCCAAAAAGAUGUUUGCGGGAUCAUCCAACAACAACAACAAUAACAACAAUCGCUCAGCAGUAGCAGCAGCAGCAGCAGCUGGAAAAGAUGGUCGUAAAGAGGCUGAGCCUCUUGGUGCCAAACAAGUCUUUGGUAUACCCUUGGAAGAUGCUAUUCGUGUGGCCAAGGUGAAGGAUGAAUACGAGAUCCCGGCUAUUGUGUAUCGCUGCAUUGAUUACCUUGAAGCCAAGAACGCUAUUCAAGAAGAAGGCAUUUAUCGUUUGAGUGGAAGUGCUUCCAAAAUUCGUGCACUCAAGGCCAAAUUCAAUGAAGAGGGCGAUGUGGAUUUACUUAGUGCGGAAGAGUAUUACGACAUUCAUGCUGUAUCUGGUUUACUCAAGAUGUGGUUCCGAGAAUUGCCCGGCAAUGUUCUUACCAAUGAGCUGCUCAAGGAAUUCUUGAAUGUGAUGGAUUUGAUUGAUCGACGUGAAAGGAUACACGAGCUUGGACGAUUGGUGUCAUUGCUCCCAUUGGCUAAUUAUACCUUGCUCCGCACACUAUCGGUACAUUUGAUCCGGGUGGUACAAAACGCUGGUCAAAACAAAAUGACAAUGCGCAACGUUGGCAUUGUAUUUUCUGCUACUCUUGGCAUCCCUACAGGCAUCUUGCAUUUGUUGUUGGCCGAAUUCGACUACAUUUUCUGGACAAGUGAUGGAAACAGCAACAAUAAUCCUCCCGUCAGCCCUGUCAAUGUUAACGGCUUUACUCCACAACAUCAACCACAGCCAUCUCAAUAUCAACCUCCGCUAUUACCCACACAAAAAGCAACAACAGCACCAGGCGGAACAACAGGCAGCCGCUUACAAUCGAUCCGAGAAGAGGGACGUAGCAACCGUAACAGCGUCAGCUACAUGUGUGGUGCUCCCCAAUCCAUUGUCGGCCUUGAACGUGCUACGGGUGUGAUUGAAGAGAGCGAUGAUGAUGAUCUGGAUCUCAAUGACGACUUUAACGAAGAACAGCAGCAUGGCUAUAGAACGGCUGAACGGCAACCCUACUUGCAACCGCAACAAAUACAUGCCAGCCCAACGACACCAACACCAACAUCAUAUCACCACCAUUCUCCUCCUCCUGUGGUUGAUCCACAUCAUCUUGCCUCUCAAGCGUCUCGUUACUACUACUAA